UGAGACCCACCCAUCCUAUUUCUGUUGACUGCUCACUUAUUCUAUACCCUUCAGAUUUCUUCAGACCUACCAGGAGCCUGAAGCUCUCUCUACUCUGUUCCCGAGGUCCAACACCAGAAUGAAAGUCUGGGUUUUCUUCGUCCUGUGCCUGGCUGGCAAAGCACUAGCUGCACCUCAGCAGGAUGCUCUGCCAGAAGAGGAAGAGGUGAUAGAAGAUGUUGUGACCGAAGAACCUGUAGGAGCCAACCCUGUACAGGUGGAGGUUGGGGAGUUUGAUGAAGCAAUUGAGGAAGAGGAAUACGUCCCCGAAAAUCCAUGCCUAAACCAUCACUGCAAGCACGGCAAGGUGUGUGAAGUGGAUGAGAGCAACACCCCAUUGUGUGUUUGCCAGGACCCCUCAACUUGCCCAGCCAGUGUUGGAGAGUUUGAGAAGGUCUGUGGCACUGACAACAAGACUUAUGACUCUUCCUGCCACUUCUUUGCCACCAAAUGUACUCUAGAGGGAACCAAGAAGGGUCACAAGUUGCACCUGGAUUACAUUGGACCAUGCAAAUUCAUCGCACCCUGCGUCGACUCUGAGUUGAGUGAAUUCCCCCUGCGUAUGCGUGACUGGCUAAAGAAUGUUUUGGUUGGUUUGUAUGAACGCGAUGACAACAACAACCUGCUGAAUGAGAAGCAGAAAAUGAGGGUGAAGAAGAUUCAUGAAAACGAGAAGCGUUUGGAAGCUGGAGAUCACACUGUGGAACUGCUGGCUCGUGACUUUGAGAAGAACUACAAUAUGUACAUAUUCCCUGUACACUGGCAGUUUGGACAGCUGGACCAGCACCCCAUUGAUGGGUACAUUUCCCACACUGAGCUGUCCCCUCUCCGUGCGCCUCUGAUCCCCAUGGAGCACUGCACCACUCGCUUCUUUGAAGAGUGUGAUAUCGACAAUGAUAAAUACAUUGCAUUGGAUGAAUGGGCCAAGUGCUUCGGCAUCAAGGACCAGGAUGUGAACGAAGAUAUGAUCGUCUAAGCAACACACACGGAUAUCUGUCUCAUACAGUUUUAAUUCCCUGUAAUAUUAUUUUAUAUCUCCUCUUUCACGUUUUAGUUUGUAAAAAUUGUCUAUCUGGGUUUAGGGUGGCAAAAAGGUGCUAACAUAAAAACAUAAGAUUCCAUUAAUGGUGCUAAAUCCAACAAAACAAAAAUACAUUUGUAAAUGGAGGAGAUUGCAGUGUCGCCACUAGCUCUGAUAUCCAUUUUCUGAUCGAGUCACUUUACUGUCCUACUCCCCGAUCCCAACUUCCUUUCUCCUUUUGGAAAAAAAAAAAAAUCAAAAACAAAGAUAGAUAGAUUGGCUUUUAGCUUUAAUCUAAAGGCAGAGACUUAUGUUUGUUGCUUUGCAUUUUUUUUAUGUUGAUGGCUACCUUAAAGCAGGACUUUAACCCCUUCUCUGCUGGAGUAGCCCACCAAGCAAUGAAGGGGUUAGCCCCUAACUGAAAUGAGAUCUGAAAUGGGCUUGUCGUGAGGGCUCACUCCAAUUUCCUGGUUGUGUGGGGAAGGGGAGAGGUCCGCUUUACUCAAGUGCAGUAUUGAUCAUCCCAUAAAAGGUCACUUUUUUGAUUGGAACAUUUUGACAAAAUAUGUGAUUGGAAAAAAAAUUUGCUGCACACAAUUCUGUACAAAGAAUAAAAGAUUAAAAAUACUCAAUUUUUAUUUACAGCAA